AUGAAGGUAUCCGCGACCUCUCUACUCUUCAUUGUGGUUUCUACCACGGCCCUCUCGAUACCGGCAGGUAAUCGACAGAGUCAAAAAAUAGGAUCAAUAUCAAAUCAAAUAAACAAUAUCAGACCUAGCCAAGGAAUAAAUGCAGAAAUAAAUGCAAAUGCAAACGGAGGAUUAAAAACAGGAGCUAAUUCCAAUAUAAAUGCAGGUAAUCGACAGGGUCAAGGAAUAGGAUCAAUAUCAAGUUCAAAAAACAAUAUCAGAGCUAACCAAGGAAUAAAUGUAAACAUAAAUGCAAAUGUAAAAGGAGGAUCAAAAACAGGAGCUAAUUUCAAUACAAAUGCACAAAUACAAGCACAAUCGAAAGGAAAAUCAAAUAUAGGAGCUAAUUUAGGUAUACAUGCAGGAAUAGGUCAACAAUGGAAUAUUCCGUCAAAUUCCAAACAUUCCCAACAUAAUAAUAAUAACAAUUAUUAUAACGAAUAUCCAUAUUACUUUCCUCGUAUAAUCGAAUUUCCUAGAAUACCUAAACUUCCAAAUAUACUUUACCCUUUUUGGUCUACGAAAACUACAUCCACUACAACUGAAAAACCAUGCCACGAUGGAUCAAGUAUGACUUCCACUACUGCACAACCAACAAAAGCAUCAACGAGUAAACCAUCACCAAGUACUAAAUCUUCUUCUUCGGCGCCAACAACCCAACCACAUAGCAACUCUUCACCAGCAGGAUCAGGUGCAGGAAUAGGCGGAGGAGUAGCAGGUGGAAUAAGUGGAUCAGGAUCAGGUUCAGGAAUAAACGUCCAAGGAGGUGCAGCAGGUGGUGUUGGAACCGGUACAGGAUCGGGUAAAGGAGGCAUAGGAGUAAGCAUUGGAGUAAGUAUAGGAGUAGGAGGAGGAGGAAAAUGGAGCAGCACAAGUUCGCCAAGAACUUCCACCUCUGAAAAACCAAGUAAAGCACCGAGCAGUUCGGCAUCACCAAGUUCCGAAAAUAUUCCUUGCGAAGAAUCUAGCGUAGCACCAAGCAGCUCUGCCCACCCAAGUUCCACCAGCUCUAAAAAACCAAGUGAAGCACCGAGCAGCUCUGCCUCGCCAAGUCCUUCCAGCUCUGAAAAACCCAGUGAAUCUCCCAGCAGUUCCGCCUCACCAAGUUCUUCCAGCUCUGGACAACCAAGCGAAGCUCCAAGCAGCUCUGCCUCACCAAGUCCAUCCAAUACUGAACAAUCCAGCGAAGCACCGAGCAGUUCGGCAUCACCAAUUUCUGAAUCUACUCCUUGCGAAGAGUCUAGCGGAGCACCUAGCAGCUCUGCCUCACCUAGUUCUUCCAGUUCUGAACAACCUAGUGAAGCUCCAAGCAGCUCUGCCUCACCAAGUUCAUCCAGCACUGAACAACCAAGUGAAGCUCCCAGCAGCUCUGCCUCACCAAGUUCUUCUAGCUCUGAACAACCAAGUGAAGCUCCAAGCAGCUCUGCCUCACCAAGUCCAUCCAGUUCUGAACAAUCCAGCGAAGCACCGAGCAGUUCGGCAUCACCAAUUUCUGAAUCUACUCCUUGCGAAGAGUCUAGUGUAGCUCCCAGCAGCUCUGCCUCACCAAGUUCUUCCAGUUCUGAACAACCCAGUGAAGCUCCAAGCAGCUCUGCCUCACCAAGUUCAUCCAGCACUGAACAACCAAGUGAAGCUCCCAGCAGCUCUGCCUCACCAAGUUCUUCCAGCUAUGGACAAACAAGCGAAGCUCCAAGCAGCUCUGCCUCACCAAGUUCAUCCAGCACUGAACAACCAAGUGAAGCUCCCAGCAGCUCUGCCUCGCCAAGUUCUUCUAGCUCUGAACAACCAAGUGAAGCACCGAGCAGCUCUGCCUCGCCAAGUCCUUCCAGCUCUGAACAACCCAGCGAACCUCCCAGCAGUUCCGCCUCGCCAAGUUCUUCCAGCUCUGGACAACCAAGUGAAUCUCCAAGCAGCUCUACCUCACAAAGUCCAUCCAGUUCUGAACAAUCUAGCGAAGCACCCAGUAGUUCGGCAUCACCAAUUUCUGAAUCCACUCCUUGCGAAGAGUCUAGUGUAGCACCAAGCAGCUCUGCCUCACCUAGUUCUUCCAGCUCAGGACAACCAAGCGAAGCACCAAGCAGCUCUGCUUCACCAAGUUCUUCCAGCUAUGGACAAACAAGCGAAGCUCCAAGCAGCUCUGCCUCACCAAGUUCUUCCAGUUCUGAACAACCCAGUGAAGCUCCCAGCAGCUCGGCCUCACCAAGUUCUUCCAGCUCUGAACAACCCAGUGAAGCUCCCAGCAGCUCUGUCUCACCAAGUUCUUCCAGUUCUGAACAACCAAGUGAAGCUCCCAGCAGCUCUGCCUCGCCAAGUUCUUCCAGUUCUGAACAACCAAGUGAAGCUCCCAGCAGCUCUGCCUCGCCAAGUUCUUCCAGUUCUGAACAACCCAGUGAAGCUCCAAGCAGCACUGCCUCACCAAGUUCUUCCAGCUCAGGACAACCAAGCGAAGCACCAAGCAGCUCUUCCUCACCAAGUUCUUCCAGCUAUGGACAAACAAGCGAAGCUCCAAGCAGCUCUGCCUCACCAAGUUCUUCCAGCUCUGAACAACCCAGUGAAGCUCCCAGCAGCUCUGCCUCACCAAGUUCUUCCAGUUCUGAACAACCCAGUGAAGCUCCAAGCAGUUCUGCCUCGCCAAGUACUUACAGCUCUGAACAACCCAGUGAAGCUCCCAGCAGCUCUGCCUCACCAAGUUCUUCCAGUUCUGAACAACCCAGUGAAGCUCCAAGCAGUUCUGCCUCGCCAAGUACUUCCAGCUCUGGACAACCAAGCGAAGACCCAAGCAGCUCUGCCUCACCAAGUUCUACCAGCUCUGAACAACCCAGUGAAGCUCCCAGCAGCUCAGCCUCACCAAGUUCUUCCAGUUCUGAACAACCCAGCGAAGCACCGAGCAGUUCGGCAUCACCAACUUCUGAAUCUACUCCUUGUGAAGAGUCUAGCGUAGCACCAAGCAGCUCUGCUUCGCCAAGUCCGUCCAGUUCUGAACAACCAAGUGAAGCCCCAAGCAGCUCUGCCUCACCUAGUUCUUCCAGCUCUGAACAACCCAGUGAAGCUCCCAGCAGCUCCGCCUCACCAAGUUCUUCCAGUUCUGAACAACCCAGUGAAGCUCCCAGCAGCUCUGCCUCACCAAGUUCUUCCAGCUCUGGACAACCAAGCGAAGCACCAAGCAGCUCUGCCUCACCAAGUUCUUCCAGCUAUGGACAAACAAGCGAAGCUCCAAGCAGCUCUGCCUCGUCAAGUCCUUCCAGUUCUGAACAACCCAGUGAAACUCCAAGCAGCUCUGCCUCACCAAGUCCUUCCAGUUCUGAACAACCCAGUGAAACUCCAAGCAGCUCUGCCUCACCAAGUUCAUCCAGCUCUGAACAACCAAGUGAAGCUCCCAGCAGCUCUGCCUCGCCAAGUUCUUCUAGCUCUGAACAACCAAGUGAAGCUCCAAGUAGCUCUGCCUCACCAAGUUCUUCCAGUUCUGAACAACCCAGUGAAGCUCCCAGCAGCUCCGCUUCACCAAGUUCUUCCAGCUCUGGACAACCAAGCGAAGCACCAAGCAGCUCUGCCUCACCAAGUUCUUCCAGUUCUGAACAACCCAGUGAAGUUCCAAGCAGCUCUGCCUCACCAAGUUCUUCCAGCUCUGAACAACCCAGUGAAGCUCCCAGCAGCUCUGCCUCACCAAGUUCUUCCAGUUCUGAACAACCCAGUGAAGCUCCAAGCAGCUCUGCCUCACCAAGUUCUUCCAGCUCUGAACAACCCAGUGAAGCUCCCAGCAGCUCUGCCUCACCAAGUUCUUCCAGUUCUGAACAACCCAGCGAAGCACCGAGCAGUUCGGCAUCACCAAUUUCUGAAUCUACUCCUUGUGAAGAGUCUAGCGUAGCACCAAGCAGCUCUGCCUCUCCUAGUUCUUCCAGUUCUGAACAAUCCAGUGAAGCUCCAAGCAGCUCUGCCUCACCAAGUUCAUCCAGCUCUGAACAACCAAGUGAAGCACCCAGCAGCUCCGCCUCACCAAGUUCUUCCAGUUCUGAACAACCCAGUGAAGCUCCCAGCAGCUCCGCCUCACCAAGUUCUUCCAGCUCUGGACAACCAAGCGAAGCACCAAGCAGCUCUGCCUCACCAAGUUCUUCCAGCUAUGGACAAACAAGCGAAGCUCCAAGCAGCUCUGCCGCGCCAAGUCCAUCCAGUACUGAACAACCCAGUGAAGCUCCAAGCAGCUCUGCCUCACCAAGUUCUUCCAGCUCUGAACAACCCAGUGAAGCUCCCAGCAGUUCUGCCUCACCAAGUUCUUCCAGUUCUGAACAACCCAGUGAAGCUCCAAGCAGCUCUGCCUCACCAAAUUCUUCUAGCUCUGAACAACCCAGUGAAGCUCCCAGCAGCUCUGCCUCACCAAGUUCUUCCAGUUCUGAACAACCCAGCGAAGCACCGAGCAGUUCGGCAUCACCAAUUUCUGAAUCUACUCCUUGCGACGAGUCUAGCGUAGCACCAAGCAGCUCUGCCUCACCUAGUUCUUCCAGUUCUGAACAACCCAGUGAAGCCCCAAGUAGCUCUGCCUCGCCAAGUUCUUCCAGCUCUGAACAACCCAGUGAAGCUCCCAGCAGCUCUGCCUCACCAAGUUCUUCCAGUUCUGAACAACCCAGUGAAGCUCCCAGCAGCUCCGCUUCACCAAGUUCUUCCAGCUCUGGACAACCAAGCGAAGCAACAAGCAGCUCUGCCUCACCAAGUUCUUCCAGUUCUGAACAACCCAGUGAAGCUCCAAGCAGCUCUGCCUCACCAAGUUCUUCCAGCUCUGAACAACCCAGUGAAGCUCCCAGCAGCUCCGCCUCACCAAGUUCUUCCAGUUCUGAACAACCCAGUGAAGCUCCAAGCAGCUCUGCCUCACCAAGUUCAUCCAGUUCUGAACAACCCAGUGAAGCUCCAAGCAGCUCUGCCUCACCAAGUUCUUCCAGUUCUGAACAACCCAGUGAAGCUCCCAGCAGCUCCGGUUCACCAAGUUCUUCCAGCUCUGGACAACCAAGCGAAGCACCAAGCAGCUCUGCCUCACCAAGUUCUUCCAGUUCUGAACAACCCAGUGAAGCUCCAAGCAGCUCUGCCUCACCAAGUUCUUCCAGCUCUGAACAAUCCAGUGAAGCUCCCAGCAGCUCCGCCUCACCAAGUUCUUCCAGUUCUGAACAACCCAGUGAAGCUCCAAGCAGCUCUGCCUCACCAAGUUCAUCCAGUUCUGAACAACCCAGUGAAGCUCCAAGCAGCUCUGCCUCACCAAGUUCUUCCAGCUCUGAACAACCCAGUGAAGCUCCCAGCAGCUCCGCCUCACCAAGUUCUUCCAGUUCUGAACAACCCAGUGAAGCUCCAAGCAGCUCUGCCUCACCAAGUUCAUCCAGUUCUGAACAACCCAGUGAAGCUCCAAGCAGCUCUGCCUCACCAAAUUCUUCUAGCUCUGAACAACCCAGUGAAGCUCCCAGCAGCUCUGCCUCACCAAGUUCUUCCAGUUCUGAACAACCCAGCGAAGCACCGAGCAGUUCGGCAUCACCAAUUUCUGAAUCUACUCCUUGCGACGAGUCUAGCGUAGCACCAAACAGCUCUGCCUCACCUAGUUCUUCCAGUUCUGAACAACCCAGUGCAGCCCCAAGUAGCUCUGCCUCGCCAAGUUCUUCCAGCUCUGAACAACCCAGUGAAGCUCCAAGCAGCUCUGCCUCACCAAGUUCUUCCAGUUCUGAACAACCCAGUGAAGCUCCAAGCAGCUCUGCUUCACCAAGUUCUUCUAGCUCUGAACAACCAAGUGAAGCUCCAAGUAGCUCUGCCUCACCAAGUUCUUCCAGUUCUGAACAACCCAGUGAAGCUCCCAGCAGCUCCGCUUCACCAAGUUCUUCCAGCUCUGGACAACCAAGCGAAGCACCAAGCAGCUCUGCCUCACCAAGUUCUUCCAGUUCUGAACAACCCAGUGAAGCUCCAAGCAGCUCUGCCUCACCAAGUUCUUCCAGCUCUGAACAACCCAGUGAAGCUCCCAGCAGCUCCGCCUCACCAAGUUCUUCCAGUUCUGAACAACCCAGUGAAGCUCCAAGCAGCUCUGCCUCACCAAGUUCAUCCAGUUCUGAACAACCCAGUGAAGCUCCAAGCAGCUCUGCCUCACCAAGUUCUUCCAGUUCUGAACAACCCAGUGAAGCUCCCAGCAGCUCCGGUUCACCAAGUUCUUCCAGCUCUGGACAACCAAGCGAAGCACCAAGCAGCUCUGCCUCACCAAGUUCUUCCAGUUCUGAACAACCCAGUGAAGCUCCAAGCAGCUCUGCCUCACCAAGUUCUUCCAGCUCUGAACAAUCCAGUGAAGCUCCCAGCAGCUCCGCCUCACCAAGUUCUUCCAGUUCUGAACAACCCAGUGAAGCUCCAAGCAGCUCUGCCUCACCAAGUUCAUCCAGUUCUGAACAACCCAGUGAAGCUCCAAGCAGCUCUGCCUCACCAAGUUCUUCCAGCUCUGAACAACCCAGUGAAGCUCCCAGCAGCUCCGCCUCACCAAGUUCUUCCAGUUCUGAACAACCCAGUGAAGCUCCAAGCAGCUCUGCCUCACCAAGUUCAUCCAGUUCUGAACAACCCAGUGAAGCUCCAAGCAGCUCUGCCUCACCAAAUUCUUCUAGCUCUGAACAACCCAGUGAAGCUCCCAGCAGCUCUGCCUCACCAAGUUCUUCCAGCUCUGGACAACCAAGCGAAGCACCAAGCAGCUCCGCCUCACCAAGUUCUUCCAGUUCUGAACAACCCAGUGAAGCUCCCAGCAGCUCUGCCUCACCAAGUUCUUCCAGUUCUGAACAACCCAGUGAAGCUCCAAGCAGCUCUGCCUCACCAAGUUCUUCCAGCUCUGAACAACCCAGUGAAGCUCCCAGCAGCUCUGCCUCACCAAGUUCUUCCAGUUCUGAACAACCCAGCGAAGCACCGAGCAGUUCGGCAUCACCAAUUUCUGAAUCUACUCCUUGUGAAGACUCUAGCGUAGCACCAAGCAGCUCUGCCUCUCCUAGUUCUUCCAGUUCUGAACAACCCAGUGAAGCUCCAAGCAGCUCUGCCUCACCAAGUUCUUCCAGCUCUGAACAACCCAGUGAAGCUCCCAGCAGCUCUGCCUCACCAAGUUCUUCCAGCUCUGAACAACCAAGUGAAGCUCCAAGUAGCUCUGCCUCGCCAAGUUCUUCCAGCUCUGAACAACCCAGUGAAGCUCCCAGCAGCUCCGCCUCACCAAGUUCUUCCAGUUCUGAACAACCCAGUGAAGCUCCCAGCAGCUCUGCCUCACCAAGUUCUUCCAGCUAUGGACAAACAAGCGAAGCUCCAAGCAGCUCUGCCUCGCCAAGUCCUUCCAGUUCUGAACAACCCAGUGAAGCUCCAAGCAGCUCUGCCUCACCUAGUUCUUCCAGCUCUGAACAACCCAGUGAUGCUCCAAGCAGCUCUUCCUCGCCAAGUUCUUCCAGCUCUGGACAACCAAGCGAAGACCCAAGCAGCUCUGCCUCACCAAGUUCUUCCAGCUCUGAACAAACCAGUGAAGCUCCCAGCAGCUCUGCCUCGCCAAGUUCUUCUAGCUCUGAACAACCAAGUGAAGCCCCAAGUAGCUCUGCCUCGACAAGUUCUUCCAGCUCUGAGCAACCCAGUGAAGCUCCAAGCAGCUCUGCCUCACCAAAUUCUUCCAGUUCUGAACAACCCAGUGAAGCUCCCAGCAGCUCUGCCUCACCAAGUUCUUCCAGCUCUGGACAACCAAGCGAAGCACCAAGCAGCUCUGCCUCACCAAGUUCUUCCAGCUAUGGACAACCAAGCGAAGACCCAAGCAGCUCUGCCUCACCAAGUUCUUCCAGCUCUGAACAAUCCAGUGAAGCUCCCAGCAGCUCUGCCUCACCAAGUUCUUCCAGCUCUGGACAACCAAGCGAAGCACCAAGCAGCUCUACCUCACCAAGUUCUUCCAGCUAUGGACAAACAAGCGAAGCUCCAAGCAGCUCUGCCUCGUCAAGUCCUUCCAGUUCUGAACAACCCAGUGAAGCUCCCAGCAGCUCUGCCUCGCCAGGUUCUUCCAGCUCUGUACAACCCAGUGAUGCAUCCAGCAGCUCUGCUUCACCAAGUUCUGAAACUACUCCUUGUGAAGAAUCUAGCUUAGCAACGAGCAGUUCUGCCUCACCUAGUUCUUCCAGUUCUAUCCAUCCAAGCGGCGGACCGAGUAGCUCUUCUUUACCAAGUUCUGGUUCAAACCCUUGGAUCAGUUCGACUCGUUUUCCUCACCACUUUACUGAUUCAGUCGGUCGACAAUGCUAUUGUUAUUGA